GUUCACUUUCACUCGGACCGCGCUCGAUUUCUGCUAACUGCAGCCAUUCAGUUACCAGCUGGUCGCGUGCGCCUUAGCUGCUGCGGUGGUUACGACGAAAACAAAGUUGCGCUUUACAAACGGUAUCGGAAAUUUGCACAAUGAUCUGACACCAAGCAUGAACAUGAAAGAGCCAUGGCUGGCUAUACAACCAAGAGUUACCUAACAUUACUAUACCUGUUCACGUUCAUCGCAAUCGGUGAAAUAUUGUGUCAGGGUAGAGAUGCCACUGUAGCAAGACAACAGACUUCAUUGCCAAGAGCGCGCGCCAUACCUGUAGCAACUGUCAACGGAGGCCCGGCGGAAAACGCCAUUAACCGCCCGUCCAAAAAGCAGCAGCAGGAAGCCAUUUCCAAACAAACCACGCCGACUCCACCGGUCUCUAUCAAAGAGCUCUUCAACUCUUCGUCGUGUGUCGAACCUCCGUUCACGUGCCCUCAUCCGAGAAUCCAGUUUUACUUGUACACCAGGCUCACGCAGACUAAUCCCGACUUGUUGGAUGUGACCGACCCGGAAUCAUUGUAUAAAUCACAUUUCAACCCUAAACAUCCGGUUAAAAUUAUCAUACACGGCUUCCAAGGUGGCCGAAACUUGUCACCGAGUACAGAUCUCCGAGACGCUUAUUUUAAUCGGGGAAACUACAAUAUAAUUAUAGUGGACUAUUCAAGUUUAGCUCAAAUACCUUGUCUGAAUCAAGUAGAAUGGGCACCCAGAUUCUGUGGCAUGUGCAUUGCUCAACUAGCCAACUACUUAGCCGACCAUCCUCGAGGAGUUCCACCAGACAAGCUGCACAUGAUGGGGUACAGCGUGGGAGCUCACAUCGCAGGCUUAGCGUCCAAUUUUAUCAAUUCGGGAAAAAUUGGCCGAAUCACCGGUUUGGAUCCAACGAUCAUAUUCUACAUGAGUAACAAUCGAUCCAGGGAUCUCGAUCCCACAGACGCACAUUUUGUGGAUAUCAUACACACGGCGGCAGGCAUCUUAGGCCAGUGGGGCCCUAGCGGACACGCCGAUUUCUAUGUAAACGGCGGUACUUCGCAGCCCGGUUGCGCCAGCGAUAGCAUCAUACAGACGCUAUCGUGCGAUCACACUAAAGUUACGCCGUAUUUCAUCGAAUCGAUCAAUUCCAACACCGGAUUCUGGUCAAUACCGUGUGCUAACCGGUUUUAUUUCAAUUUGGGCCUUUGCAAUCCACCGGAGUCCGAGUACGUUUUGAUGGGCGAACACGUGACACACAAAGCCCGUGGUAUUUAUUACUUGAACACAAACGCGAAAAAACCUUACGCCAGAGGCUUCCCCAAAAAGUGAUCGUCGCCAAACGAACCGCAGCCCCCAAUCUAUUAUACACAUACGAACGAACGAAGGCCUAGUCAAAUAAUAUUUUAUUAUUAUUGUUUUUGCAAUACGCACUGAUACAAUCAUCGGAUCCCUUUAUUGAUAAUUGUAUUGUAUUGCGCGUGUGCGAAUAACCUAAUGAGUAAUGUGUAUGCUUUCGUAUAGUUUUUACGCGGACGGUGAAUGUUUCAAGUUUCUUGUGAUCAUAGAUAAUUUUGUAAAUAAUUGUCGGUGUAUAAAAUAGACGAAUUAUUACAGUAUA